GCCCCGCCCCCUACACGGUCCACCUGCCCGCCGUGGGUUACAGGCGGGGAGGCCUGAGAGCCGGGCAAGGGCUGUCGCACAUGCGCCUUGAGGGAAGAUGGCACCUGCAGGCUGCUGCUACUGCUGCUGCUUCUGGGGCGGCGCUGUGGCCGCCGCGGGCGCCGCCCGGCGUGUCCUGCUGCUGCUGCUGAUGCUGCUGGGGGUUCUGUCCGCCGGGCCGCGGCCGGGCGCCCUGGCCACCGAGCACUACUCACCGCUCUCCCUGCUCAAGCAGGAGCUGCAGCACCGGCAGCAGCAGGAGGCCCCGGCGGGCGGCGGCGGCUGCAGCCCGCAGUCCGGGGACUGGGGGGACCAGUACUCUGCCGAGUGCGGCGAGUCAUCCUUUUUGAACUUCCAUGACUCAGACUGCGAACCAAAGGGAUCAUCACCCUGUGACUCCUUGCUUUCCCUCAACACUGAAAAGAUUCUGAGCCAGGCCAAGUCAAUUGCAGAACAGAAGAGAUUCCCGUUUGCCACUGAUAAUGACAGCACAAAUGAAGAGUUAGCUAUUGCUUAUGUCUUGAUUGGCAGUGGUCUGUAUGAUGAAGCAAUACGGCAUUUUUCAACAAUGCUUCAGGAGGAGCCUGAUCUGGUUAGUGCAAUUUAUGGCCGAGGGAUAGCCUAUGGAAAGAAGGGACUACAUGACAUUAAGAAUGCUGAGCUUGCUCUGUUCGAACUAAGCCGAGUAAUUACCUUGGAACCAGAUCGUCCAGAGGUAUUUGAGCAGCGAGCAGAAAUUCUGUCCCCUCUGGGACGAAUUAAUGAAGCAGUGAAUGACCUCACUAAAGCUAUCCAACUGCAGCCCUCAGCACGGCUGUACAGACAUCGGGGAACCCUGUACUUCAUAUCAGAGGACUAUGCAACAGCCCAUGAAGACUUUCAGCAGUCCUUAGAACUGAACAAAAACCAGCCUAUAGCUAUGCUAUACAAAGGUUUAACUUUCUUUCACAGAGGACUUCUGAAGGAAGCUAUUGAAUCCUUCAAAGAAGCUUUGAAGCAGAAAGUUGACUUUAUUGAUGCAUAUAAAAGUCUAGGGCAGGCGUAUAGAGAACUGGGCAAUUUUGAAGCAGCCACUGAGAGCUUUCAAAAGGCACUGUUGCUCAACCAAAAUCAUGUGCAAACCCUCCAGCUCCGGGGAAUGAUGCUCUACCACCACGGCAGCUUACAGGAAGCCCUUAAGAACUUUAAGCGGUGUCUGCAGCUAGAGCCAUAUAAUGAAGUGUGCCAGUAUAUGAAAGGGCUCAGCCAUGUUGCCAUGGGACAGUUUUAUGAAGGGAUAAAAGCACAAACAAAAGUUAUGCUGAAUGAUCCUCUCCCAGGCCAGAAGGCUAGCCCUGAGUAUCUUAAAGUGAAGUAUCUCCGAGAGUAUUCUCGAUAUCUUCAUGCACACCUUGAUACCCCCCUUACGGAAUAUAACAUUGAUGUGGAUCUGCCUGGAAGCUUUAAGGACCACUGGGCUAAAAAUCUGCCUUUCCUCAUAGAAGACUACGAAGAGCAGCCAGGGUUGCAACCCCACAUAAAAGAUGUGUUACAUCAGAACUUUGAGAGUUAUAAGCCUGAAGUACAGGAGCUGAUUUGUGUGGCUGAUCGUUUGGGAUCCCUGAUGCAAUAUGAAACACCUGGUUUCCUGCCAAACAAGAGAAUACACAGAGCUAUGGGUUUGGCCGCAUUGGAGGUCAUGCAAGCCGUGCAGCGUACAUGGACCAACUCAAAAGUUCGAAUGAAUGGAAAGACACGGUUGAUGCAGUGGAGAGACAUGUUUGACAUUGCAGUUAAAUGGAGAAGGAUUGCCGACCCAGACCAGCCCGUGCUGUGGUUAGAUCAAAUGCCAGCACGAAGUCUUAGCAGAGGUUUUAACAACCACAUUAAUUUAAUCAGGGGUCAGGUGAUCAACAUGAGAUACCUAGAAUAUUUUGAGAAAAUACUUCAUUUUAUUAAAGACAGAAUUCUUGUUUAUCAUGGAGCUAAUAAUCCUAAAGGAUUGCUAGAAGUUCGGGAAGCCCUGGAAAAGGUACACAAAGUAGAAGACCUUCUUCCGAUUAUGAAGCAGUUUAAUACUAAAACGAAGGAUGGGUUCACCGUGAACACAAAAGUUCCCAGCCUUAAAGACCAAGGGAAGGAAUAUGAUGGAUUCACAAUCACGAUUACAGGAGACAAAGUUGGCAAUAUAUUAUUUUCUGUGGAAACUCAAACCACGGAAGAAAGGACACAAUUAUAUCAUGCUGAAAUAGAUGCACUUUAUAAAGAUUUGACAGCAAAAGGAAAAGUAUUGAUUCUUUCAUCAGAAUUUGGGGAGGCUGAUGCUGUCUGCAACUUAAUCUUAUCCUUAGUUUAUUACUUUUAUAAUUUAAUGCCACUCUCUCGAGGAUCCAGUGUAAUCGCUUACUCGGUCAUUGUGGGAGCACUGAUGGCAAGUGGAAAAGAAGUAGCAGGAAAAAUUCCCAAAGGGAAGUUAGUCGACUUUGAAGCUAUGACAGCCCCUGGUUCAGAGGCCUUUAGCAAAGUCGCCAAAAGCUGGAUGAACUUGAAAAGUAUUUCACCUUCUUAUAAGACUCUUCCAUCAGUAUCAGAAACGUUUCCAACGUUAAGAUCGAUGAUUGAGGUGCUAAACACAGACUCUUCUCCACGUUGUCUUAAGAAACUCUAGUUCUGCUGCCGUAUUUAUACAAGUAAAGGGCCGGACCUCUUGCUUCUUAAGUUAUUUUUUUAAAACAUGGAAUUAUAAAGAAAUUAGGUCCUCUAUUACUUUUGAUACCAAUUUUUAUAGGAAUUGAAUACUUGAAAUCAUUUUCUUUACUUUUCUGAACCAUCAUGAAAAUCAUGAAGGAGGCUUUCGGGGGGAAAAAGCUACUUGACUUGGAGGGAAAGUGUAUGUAUUAGCCAGCAGCCUGUUGGUUCCCACUUAUAAAGUCAUAUAACUCCUUCCUUACAGUAAAAAAACUUUUCCUCCACAACUAAAAAAUAAUAAUGAAGAUGAACAAAGCCAAAACCAAAUAGGAGUGUUUGUAUUCCUUUAGAGAUCUGGAUAUCUUUCAAAGACGUGCUUUUUACGCACAUUGUGAUAGAGCAUCUUUUGUUGACUCACGUAACCUCCAUGUGUGGGUCCUUUGUUUUAUUAGAACCAUGGAAGAAGGUUCCUGGGCCAUCAGUAUGUGUUGCAGAGCUCACAGCCAGGAACACUUAUUUUGAACAAUGCAGACAGUAUUUGCCAGUGUCCCAAAUGCUGAAUUAUUGAAUCAUGUUUUUUUUCCUUUGUUGAAAAAAAUAAACCAGGGUGAUUUCUAUAAAUCACCAGUUUUUGGCAUUGGA